AUGGCCUGGACUCCUCUGCUCCUGGCGCUUCUCUCUCUCUGCACAGGGUCCCUGUCCCAGCCUGUGCUGACCCAGCCGCCCUCCGUCUCUGCCUCUCCGGGAGCCACAGCCAGACUCACCUGCACCCUGAACAGCGGCUACAAUGUUGGCAGCUACAGGAUAGUCUGGCUGCAGCAGAAGCCAGGGAGCCGUCCCCGGUAUCUCCUGUACUACUACUCAGACUCCAGUAAGCACCAGGGCUCCGGGGUCCCCAGCCGCUUCUCUGGAUCCAAAGACGCCUCGGCCAAUGCGGGGCUCCUGACCAUCUCGGGGCUGCAGCCUGAGGACGACGCUGACUAUUACUGUUGCGCAUGGGACGGCAGCUCUAAGACUCACACAGUGGUCCAGACCCACAGGGAAGUGA